UUUUUAUAACUGUAGGUUUGUGAAAAAAGUUAACAUAAAAUAUUCGUAUUUACAUUUAAAUCGGCUAAUUAUUAAAAAUUUGAACUUGACAUGUAGAAUAUUUGAAUUAUAUUUUAAAUGAGAGUAACCCUCUUUUUAAUGAGCUGCCAGCCCUAAAAAUGUAGUUAAAAUUAUAUUUUUUUAAUGUAGUAAUGACGACAAAUGAGCUGCCAGCCCUAAAAAUUUAUUGGGAUGGUACAAUAUUAUCGACUCCGGGUGGAGUUGAUUAUGUUUCUGGUAAAUCAGAACUGGUUGAGCUGACGAGUGUAGUGAAUUUUGCACAACUACAAGUCGUAAUUAGAAGGGUAAUUGGGCUGAAGGAUGGUGACGAGAUAGUGAAGAUUUAUCUACGAGUGCCUCGGUUCGAUGAACAUGGAAGAUUUCAAAAAUAUGAUGGUUUUCCUAUGGAGACAGAUGUUCAUAUGCAAGCAAUGUGGCGUAAUGUUUCGCGGACGCCACAAAUGAGGGUACUUGAGUUUUAUAUUGUGUACAAUCCGUUAUCUCAAGUACGUGCGGAUGUAGACGACUCUGUGGAUGUAGACGAUUGUGCGGAUGUAGACGACUGUGCGGAUGUAGACGAUGGUGAUGAUUUUAGUGAUGAGGAUGAGGAAGAAGAACACUUCUACGGGGCCGUUGCUGAUGACAACGAGGAUGAUGAUGAUGAUGACAUCGGUGGUGAUAAUGGAGAUGGCACCCAUGGUGAGAAUGUCGGUGGUGGGUCGGAACAAAAUACAGAUCAUUUUGAGUCGCGCCUUCCUCAUGAGUACACGCAUCAGAAUGUUGACGACAUGUGUGUCAAUAUGAAUCUGUGGCCUAAAGAAAAUGCAAUAUGGGAAGCAGGCAAAGAGUUUGAAUUGGGGAUGGUUUUUAGUUCGAGGUAUGCUGUCCAGACAUGCGCGGCGAGUUAUCACAUUGCAGCUAAUAAAGAAUACAAGAGCAGUGUAACAAAUGGUAAAACAAUAGUUCUUGUGUGUGUGAACAAUGACACUUGCAAUUGGAGGUUGCGUGCGUCGCUUUUGAAAGGCGAGUCAGACUGGAUAAUAACAAGAUAUAACGGCCCCCACCAAUGCAGCGGCCAAUCAAUGAACCAAGACCAUCGCAAUUUAAGAGCGCGACAGAUAGCUGAACACAUCGACACGCAAUUGCAUCUGCAACGUGACAUUAGGAUUAAAACGCUUCAAGAGGGCAUUUUUCAAAAAUUGCGAGUUAGGCCCGGAUACAAAAAAACAUGGUAUGCCAAGGAAAAGGCCAUUGCAAACAGGUUCGGACAAUGGGACGACUCUUUCAAGGAGAUUUGCAAUUUUAUGACGAAUGUCACCGUUGCUAAUCCCAGGACAGUCUGGCAUGCUACCGGUACACCAAUUGAAAACAAUCCACAAUUCAGAACUUUCAAGCAUAUGUUUUGGACUUACGAGCCAGUGGUGAAGGGUUUUCAGUAUUGCAAGCCUGUGGUGUACAUCGACGGCACCCACACAUAUGGAAAAUACGAAAUGACUUUGUUGAUUGCUUCUGCAAUUGAAGGGAACAAUCACAUCAUGCCGAUAGCUUUUGCCAUUGUGAAGUCGGAAACUGCCGCAUCCUGGAGGUAUUUCAUGAGGAUGUUGAAGAGGUAUGUUUUGGGUGAGCGAAAGGUGUGUAUCAUAUCUGAUCGCGGCUCCGGUAUUAUGAGUGCCAUGGAGGGGCCUGAGUGGGCGGGUGAUACCCACAAGUGGUGUAUUAGACACCUAGUGAGCAACUUCCACAACGCCUUCAAGAAAAAAUAUCUCAAAAAGCUUGCUGAAAAAGUUGGACGCGCAUACCAAGAGCAUAAAAGAGAUCGGUACAUGUCAUUGAUAGAGGCGGAUUCACCUGAGGGUUAUGCGUAUCUUGACCGCCUUGAUGUUAGAAAAUGGAGCAUGAGUGGCGACACGUCUGGAAUGCGGCAUGGUGUGAUGACAACAAACUACGCUGAGUCGGUCAACGCGAUGUUAAAGAACAUUCGGGGGCUCCCUAUCACAGCCAUGUUGGAAGCAAUAUUUAUCAAGGUCAAUUCCGUAUUCAUUAAGCAUGUGAACGACUAUAAAAUGUGGUUGGCAUCCGGUUUCAUGUGGACUCCAGUCUGUGCACACAGAAUUGAGAAUUGGGAAAAUAAGUCAAAGACUCAUACGGCUUCACAGUUCAACGUGGCACAGAAGGUAUUCAAUGUCUUGACCCAGUGCGACAAUGUAAGACAAAAGGGUGGCAAUACACAGCAAGUUCGUCUACUGGACGGGACAUGCACCUGUGGAAAAUUUCAACAAUGGAAAAUUCCGUGCUCCCAUGCGAUAGCUGCCUGCAACCAAUAUGGAGAGAACUACCGUGACUACAUUUCAUGGUAUUACAAAUGCGAGUAUGGAAUCUUAGCGUGGAGCUCUGUUUCAUUUGAACCCUUAUGGAAUCGAAAUCGUUGGAUCAAUUCCGCUGAAAUUCCAUUUGUUCCUAACAGACAGUGGAUGAGGAAGAAGGGUAGGCCGGUUGAGAGUAGGCGUAGGAAUGAAAUAGACCAGACAUUUAGGGACAGGCGGAAUAGCAACUACUGUAGAAGAUGUCUUACAUAUGGUCAUAACCUUAGUUCAUGUCCUUUUAGAGUUCAGUGA